AUGCAGAUCUUCGUCAAGACCCUCACGGGUAAGACUAUCACCCUUGAGGUGGAGUCUUCCGACACCAUCGACAAUGUCAAGUCCAAGAUCCAGGACAAGGAGGGCAUCCCCCCCGACCAGCAGCGCCUGAUCUUCGCCGGAAAGCAGCUCGAGGACGGCCGCACCCUCUCCGACUACAACAUCCAGAAGGAGAGCACCCUCCACCUCGUCCUGCGCCUGCGUGGAGGUGCCAAGAAGCGCAAGAAGAAGGUCUACACCACCCCCAAGAAGAUCAAGCACAAGCGCAAGAAGACCAAGUUGGCCGUCCUCAAGUACUACAAGGUCGACUCCGACGGCAAGAUUGAGCGUCUCCGCCGCGAGUGCCCCUCCGACACCUGCGGUGCCGGUGUUUUCAUGGCUGCCAUGAACGACCGCCAGUACUGCGGCCGCUGCCACCUCACCUACGUCUUCGACAAGAAGGAGUAA